AGAGAGAGAGGAGGGAGGGGAGGCGAUAGAAAAGGAAGGCGAAGCGGAGAGAAGGCGAGACGGAAGGAGAAAAAAGGAGGGAGGUAGAGAGGCACGCCGCGUGGACAACCGUGCACGCUCUUGUCUCUCUCUCGUUUCGUUUUGCUGCUUUCGUUCGCGCGAGAGCGCGGUGGAUGAGCUACGCUCGUUAGUGCCGGUUGAUGGUACGUCCUCGUGGUCCUGAACGACCUGAACCUCUAUUCGCGCCGUUAAAAUUCGUAAUCCGCCGAGAGGAGAGGCCUCCGGGAUAGCCUCGGCGCUCUUUCGAGGAUCGCACGUGGUGUUGGUAGUGUCAGUGGAGGUGGACGUGGUGCCGGCAGCUACGGCGGCGGAUCGAGGAAGGUCCUCAUCUUUGGGAAGCUCCUCUUCGUCGAGGAGGACGUCGUCCUCGCAUCGGCUCGAUAGCAACAACCCGACGCAAUCAUGUAUAAGCUACUGGGAGGAUUGAGCAAGUACUUGAAGCGGCAGGAGAUCAUCACGGACUCUGUGCUCUUUCGUUUGCAUAACCACUUCACCACGGUACUGCUGUUCACGUGCUCGUUGCUCGUCACGGCCACCCAAUACGUCGGUAACCCGAUCUCAUGCAUCGUCCAGGGUCUGCCUACUAAUCCCAUCAAUACUUACUGCUGGAUAACAUCCACGUUCACCAUGCCAGACGCGUUCAAUCGACAGGUCGGCUCGGAGGUGGCCCAUCCAGGAGUGGCCAACGACUUCGGAGAUGUCGAGGCAAGGAAAUACUACACGUACUAUCAGUGGGUCUGCUUCGUCCUGUUCUUCCAGGCGAUUCUGUGUUAUGUACCGCAAUGGCUGUGGGGUUUCUGGGAAGGCGGCCUGAUGCAAGCAUUGGUCAUGGGAAUGAAUUGUGGUAUGGAUACCAAGGACAACAUAACAAAGAAGAAAAGUAUUCUCAUGGAUUACUUGAUGAUGCACAUAAGGAAUCACAACACGUACGUGUAUCGGUACUUCGCCUGCGAGGUUCUGUGCCUCGUCAAUAUAAUCGGUCAACUCUAUCUGAUGAACCGAUUCUUCGAUGGCGAAUUCCUCAGCUAUGGUCUGCGAGUACUGCAGUUCUCGGAUACACCGCAAGAGGAACGAAUUGACCCCAUGGUCUAUGUGUUUCCCCGCGUUACCAAGUGUAUAUUCCACAAAUACGGAGCUUCGGGUACAAUACAGCAGCAUGAUUCUCUCUGCAUUCUGCCAUUAAAUAUCGUCAACGAAAAGACAUACAUCUUCAUCUGGUUCUGGUUCUUCAUACUAGGCAUCAUGUUAAUUGCUCUGAUAAUAUAUCGAGCUCUGAUCAUUUUCGCUCCAAUGAUACGGCCGAGAGUAUUACAUCUAUCGUCGAGACUAUUGCCCAUUGAAACUUGUCAGAGCGUCAGCAGAAAAGUCGACUUAGGUGACUGGUGGAUACUUUACAUUCUUUCGACCAACAUGGACUCGCUCCUCUAUAGGGAUUUCCUUAUGGAAUUUACGAAGAAGAUGGGUAAUACUAGCUCGAAGUCCGUGACCGCAUAAGCGCGAAAUCUUGGACGCGCACCUUGCGCUGUAUGAUAAUUUAAUUAUUUAGUUCAAAUACACCGAUACAUGGACUGACUCGCACCUCGCGGCGCGUUCCUGCAAGUAUGUUUACACUAAGAUAAUACAUGGUUAUAUUUUCAUAUCACGUAUUUCGAUCCACGUAUUAGUAGCAUCAGGUAUGCGUAAGCAAUUGAGAUUUAAAUUGGAUUUAAAUUGUUUUUCUAAACAAUGAUUCAAAAUCGUCAUUAACUUUUAAACAAAUAAGUAGUUGAAACAAAACACAACGAAACAAAGUAACAAUGACAUGAUCAAUCAUUACUUCGCUUUGUUAUGCGUUUUGCUUUAACCACUGAUUUAUUUAAAAGUUAGAAGAAUAUUCUGAAUCGUAGUAUAAAUAAUUAGUCUUUCCCAAGCGUUCAAUUCUAGACGUAUAUGUAUAUUUCAUUUUUACCGUUUUUUUUUUAUAUUGCAUGUAUAUCCAUAUCCCGCGUAAUUCUAUAUACAAGUUGCUUGGGAAUGAUUAAUUCAAUGAUUUUAUACUCAGUCUCAUGAAAGAGAUUUUUAAUAAAAUAGUUUUAUAUGUAGGAUAUACCUAAAUAGAUGCUAAAAAGUAGGUAUAAAGAAAUAAUAGACCAAUCGAAAGAGUGUUUAGCCUGAGAGAUGAUUCUAAUGUAAUUUUGAGGUGUGAACGCGAACAAAUAAAAAUCCAGCUCAAUUUCGUAGCACCCGCG